AUGUCAGGAAGUCCGGGAGCCCUCAGCCCCAAGCUCAACAUUGCGGACUUGAAGGGAAAGGUGGCGAUCAUCUCGGGAGCUACGCGUGGCAUAGGAAAGGCAUGCGCAGUUGCUUUGGCGAAGCAGGGCUGCAACAUCGUGGUUGCAGCCAAGACGACCACUCCGCAGCCGACUUUGCCAGGCACGAUCUAUUCCGUUGCAGAGGAGCUCGAGCAGAUGGGUGUGCAGGCUUUGCCGGUCAAGGUGGACAUGCGCAGCCUGGACGACGUCAAGGAGUGCGUGCGCCAGACAGUGAACAAGUUCGGCCGCAUUGACAUCCUCAUUAACAAUGCCAGCGCGCUGUGGUGGCAGAGGAUAGAGGACACGCCCAUGAACAAGUACGAUCUCAUCACGCAGAUCAAUACGCGAGGGAGCUUCGCUUUGACACACCUGUGCCUGCCCAUCAUGGCGAAGAACGGGUUCGGGCGCGUGAUCUGCAUGAGCCCACCUAUCCAGACGGACUUUCGGGCGUACAAGGGCUUCACUGCUUACAACAUCUCCAAGUUCGGCAUGACGAUGGCAAGCAAGAAAGUGCAUGCCAUUACCUCAUGUAAUUUCGAAUACCGCAGCGUUUGUUACCAAGCCUGGAGUGAAGACUCCGUGACUGUUCUAAGCUUCCGCGAAGAGCUGCUAUUGAAAGCUGUUUUUGGCCUCGGGGACGUGGUCCAUUGCCCGAAUCCCUGCUGCAGGUCCAUCUUAAGUGUGGAGCCCGGAAGUGGCAGGCAGCGUGUGGAAUGUUGUAACUGGCCUGCAUGGUGUACUCAGUGCAGGCAACCCUAUCACUAUGCGGUGGACUGCCAGGAUGUUCAAGCUCUCCGUGACCAGUGGCUACAGUGGGUGUCCCACGGGCGCGCAGUGUACAACGAAACGAGAGCUCAACACGCAGAGUUCGAACGUCAGAAGCAAGCCCUAGAAGAGGCGGCUGCGCGCCAUGUUGAGUUGAAGCAUGAUGAGGAGUGGAAGCAGGCGAACUGUCGAGAGUGUCCCCGAUGCCGACGCGUUGUCCAAAAGAUCGACGGUUGCAACAGCAUGGUCUGCGGCGAAGAUACCCAUGGCGGCAACCGCCAGCAGGGUUGUGGGCAUCGCUUCCAGUGGGAUAAAGCACGCGCAUACCAAGCAGCUCCAGACUCGCGCCCCCUGCCUCGGUUGGAUGUACAAGAUGUGAAAGUACGAGGAGCCGGAAUUCGGCAUCCAUUUUGCCGAUGCUCGAGAUGCCGGCAGGACAUUGUGGGGCCACGUUUCCGAUGCAUCCACUGCCCCGACUACAACCUCUGCGCCAGCUGCGACAGCGAUGCCGCUGUAGCGCAGGACCACCCAGCCUCACAUGUCUUCCAGAUCCUCUUUCAGCCGGAGUAUGAUCUCCGAGCACAUCUGCCGGUAGGGUCCCGCAUCGUCAUCGCCGACGGCUCGGAACGUCAGGGCUUCGAGGCAACUGUGCAGCACGAGAUCUGCCAGGAUGUCUUCUUGGUCGAAGUCUUCUCCGAUGGCACUUUUCAGCAGCUUCACCGAUCCGGCCUUCAGCUAAAACUAGACAGUGCUCAGGCCAUCGAGCGGCACAUUCAGGAGCAGCUCCAAGCGCAAGCCAGCUUCCAGCUCCGGAAGGAGGAGAGGCGGCUUCAAGCAAUCCGGGAGAUGCGGCAAGGGGCAACGUGCUCUCUCCAGUGA